AUGAUUAUGGCUGCGGCUCGAGGAAACGCUAAAGCAGAUGCACGCUGUACAAUCCUCCUCAACCCUCCACCCUCCCACUCACAACCAACCAUCACCCAUCACCCCCGACCAGCUGCUCAUCCACAUCCACUCUCCCCGGUCCGACACGAAGACCAUCACCUGGUCUCCUCGCCAAAACCAAAGCCGGUCAACGCGGCUCACCAGCCUGUCAAAAAACAGUGAACCGACUUCUACGCCUCGUCACUGGUCCUCUCUACCUACACAGCCCCGCCCUCCGUCAUUAUGGAGGAUCAUCCUGCGGGAUUUCUUCUGCAAACACAGAACGGAUCCUCGAACUCGUGCAUUAGCGGCUCUUUCCCAUCCCAGUCCAAGUGCUGACUUCCCUGCGCCUUCUGGAAGCCUUCUAGCGUCGUGUUAGCGUCUUAGCGGACAGGUCCUGCACUCCACUUGCAUUCUCGGACCCCGUGUGAUUGGCGUCAUCGAAAGACAAGGAAGAGGAGGGGGGGGGGGCGCGCCGGGGG